AUGUUUGCAAAGCUGCUCCGUGCCCACGAAUAUUACAAGUCCAUACAACCGUUAUUCUUCUUCACACACGCACUCGGCAUCACAUCCUUAUCUCUUUUCGCAUACUGCUGUGCGUACAUAGUCUACUGCAAGGACACAUAUAUCGGGCACUUUCUCAAUACAGAUAUCACAAAUGGCGGCGAAAUUGCUAUAGUUUUGGCCAGCGGCAUUGCGGCGGUGAUCGUUUUAAUAACGAACACUCUACGCAGACGACGUUUGCUGUGGGUUUUCGAGUAUUUUCCGAAAAUUGAUAAGAAUUUCGAACGAAUCGGCAUAUGUUGGAAUUAUACAAAAGUGUUGCAAAAUGUGAUUUGGCAGCUAAUUUUUACGGGUUUUAUUUUCUUGAUGACUUUGAUAAUCUAUAUUGGUUGUUGGGUACGUUUGCAAGCGUUGCCAUCGUGGCAAUUAAUCUAUAUUACCUUAAAUCAACUGAUUGGAAUAUCUUUCACGAUUUUAAUAUUCAAUUUUUUAAUGAUGUUGACGAAGUUGAGACUUACGGCAUUGAAUAAGCCGCACACUUAUGCACAUAAACAACAAUAA